CCAAACCAACUCUUGUGUAUAUUUCACACUCACUUUAACUCAUACUUAAGCAUCCCCUUCAUUUCACUACUUCACUCUGCCUUUAAUAUGAUCAAAUCCCUCAACUGAGGAAUUCAAGGCCUUAGUGCAACCAAGUAUAGGAUAGUAAUUCCCUAUCUGUUGUUUUGCUGUUGUUAGUUGAUUUACACAAAAUGGAACAGAGCCCCAAAAGAAAACACUCUAGCCUCAUCCACGAACUUAUCCAAGGUAAGGAGCUAGCAAAGCAGCUCGGUAACCUUCUGGUUUCUUCUUCUCCAGCGUCCCAUGAAACCAAUGAAUUGUUGGUUGAUAAAAUUCUCUCCUCCUAUGAGAAAGCACUCACCAUGCUGAACUGGGGGUCCAUUGUAGGAGAGGCCAAAACCACCAGUGCCACCAUGAUGGAUUCCCAUUGUUCUUUUACAAAUGGUGGGAGUCCCAAAAGUGAGGUCGUGGACCGUGAAUUAGACCACAAAGCUGUCCUCAAGAAAAGAAAGACCAUGCCUAGAUGGACGGAGCAAGUGAAGAUUUGCUCAAGAACAGGACUCGAGGGGUCUUUGGAUGAUGGAUAUAGCUGGAGGAAAUACGGGCAGAAGGAUAUUCUUGGAGCCAAGUUUCCAAGAGGAUAUUACAGAUGCACACAUAGAAAUGUUCAAGGGUGUCUGGCAACUAAACAAGUUCAAAGGUCAGAUGAAGACCCGACAACAAUUGAGGUGACCUAUAGAGGAAGACAUACGUGCACGCAAGCUAAGUAUUUGAACAAGGCAUUCCCAUCAAAUAUAAAGAAGGGUUUGGAGGAAAAUCAACUCCACAAUGAUGAAACCAAUCAGCCAAUUAAUGAGAAAAUACAACAAACCCCAGUGGGGAUUUUCGCCUUUGAAACAGAGCAUAGAGUCAAAACCGAGGAAUUGGAAAUCAAGGAAGAUAUCUUUCCAUGGUUUUCAUUUCCUUCUCAAUCAAAUGGAUCAGAAAACGAGGACGUGUUACCCGAGUCUACUUUUGAAAACCAUUUCACCGAAAGCUUUUCUCCUGCGUUCAUAUCACCAGCCACUUCAGAAUCAAACCCUUUCUGUUUGUCAGCGUGCUACUUGAACAGCACUGAACUGUUAUGUCAACAGAUACAAACCUCAGAGUCUGAUAUCACUGAGACAUUUUCAGCCCCAACUUCAGUAACCAACUCCCCAAUCCUGGAUUUGGACAUUUUGCUUCAUAAAGGGGAUUUUGACACGGAUUUCCCUUUCAACAACCCUGACUUUUUCUCUUCAUUCGAACUUCCCUGCACUUCCACUUAGAUAGUUAAAGAUUGGGUACCAACUAAGAACAGCGUAGCCAAUGCCAUAGUCUGUUCUGGAUUAACUGGUGAGUCUUAGAUCCUGGCUAUGGAAGGGUAUCAUGAGUCAUGUUGAUAAACGAAGACAAUGAAACCUCCUUGUCAUGCAAGUUUAGUAGAGUUUUCCUGUAUGUAAUGUACGUUUUUACCUAGGGUUAGUGCGUAAAUAAUUUGUAGCUGUUGUGUACUUGUGCAUUUUGUUACUUGUAAUUGGUUCCCGUGUUUAUUUGGGUUCUUCAGGCAUUGAGUUUCUGAAAUGAAUGAGUUCUAAUAUUA